CUCACCACUAUCAUCACACAAGACGUUUAGUCAUGCCUCUUGGUUCAUCUUCACAAGAUUCUUGAUAGCUCUAAUUAGUGUUUUGCUAUUAAAAACAAAAAAGAUUGUACGUAAAAAAAAAAAUGAAAACACGUAGCAGCUGUGUGGGUAGGAUCCAACAACGUUUCUCGAUCUGUUUAAUAUUCCGAUGCAUCAGAGUUCUCAUUAACAGAUCUAUUUCUUUCUUAUCAAGUUAAACAGUAUCCUCUGAAAUUUUAAUUUUCAAAAGAUUUAUAUAUUUCUCUCUAUUUUUAUAUCUUGAGUGUUUGUGAGAGAUUAUAUGAAAUUUACCCAUUAUUGGUCAUAUAUAUAUCGGAAAAAGAAUGUCAAGAAAGCCAUGUUGUGUCGGAGAAGGGCUCAAGAAAGGGGCGUGGACCACCGAGGAGGAUAAGAAACUCAUCUCCUACAUCCACGACCACGGCGAAGGAGGCUGGCGCGACAUUCCCCAAAAAGCUGGGUUGAAACGGUGUGGAAAGAGCUGUAGACUGCGAUGGACCAAUUACCUUAAACCUGAGAUCAAACGAGGCGAGUUUAGUUCAGAGGAAGAGCAGAUUAUCAUCAUGCUUCAUGCUUCUCGAGGCAACAAGUGGUCGGUCAUAGCGAGACAUUUACCUAGAAGAACGGACAACGAGAUCAAGAACUAUUGGAACACCCAUCUCAAAAAACGUUUGGUUGAGCAGGGUAUUGAUCCCGUGACACACAAGCCACUAGCUUCUAAUUCCAACCCAACGGUUCAUGAGAAUUUGAAUUCCCUAAAUGCCUCCAGUCCCGACAACCAAUACUCACGGUCGAGCUCAAUGCCUUCUCUGUCUCCACCUCUAUCCGGUUGCAACAUGGUUUCCGAGGCGACUGAGUUAUGCAGCAAUGAUGGAACACCAAUGCAAGGCGGCGGUUCCUUGAGUUGCAAGAAAAAUUUCAAGAAAUCAAGUUCUACAUCAAGGCUAUUGAACAAAGUUGCAGCUAAGGCCACUUCCAUUAAGGAUAUAUUGUCGGCUUCCAUGGAAGGUAGCUUAAGUGCUACUACAAUAUCACAUGCAAGCUUUUUCAAUGGCUUCUCUGAACAGAUCUGCAGUGAAGAGGAUAGUUCUAAUGCAUCCCUGACAAAUCUCGCUGAAUUUGAUCCCUUCUCCCAAUCAUCAUUGUACCCUGAGCAUGAGAUCAAUGCUACUUCUGAUCUGGACAUGGGCCAGGAUUAUGAUUUCUCACAUUUUCUCGAAAAACUUGGGGUUGGUAACCACGAUGAGGAGAAUAAUAUGAAUGUCGAGUACAACCAUGAUCUCCUUAUGUCUGAUGUUUCCCAAGAAGUCUCAUCAACUAGCGUUGACGAUGAAGACAACAUGGUAGGAAACUUCGAGGGGUGGUCAGAUUAUCUUCUUGACCAUGCCAAUUUUAUGUACGACACCGACUCAGAUUCCCUCGAAAAGCAUUUCAUAUGACUCUUCCUAUCCAAGCAAAAAGGUUUCAAACUAUCUGAAGACGUAUAUCAAUGGUUCUAUAUCGAUCCGAGGCUUACUAUAACUCGCUCCAUGGAGAUGUUGUGUAUGUAUCUAGUAUUUGGGUUGGUCCAAGGUCGUCUCAUGGUUAAUAAUCCCAAGUUAGUAGUACGGUGCUAAAUAAGGGAUAUAUAUCCGCAAGACAAACAAAGAAAGAGGUUUGAGUUUAGGGUUUCUCUUACAUUGAGAAUCAACUGAGAAUCGAUUUGCGCGCGCGGGCCACGAUGUUUGAUACUAUAAUAUCGUUAUAAUAAUAAAGCUUGUUUCUUUAUCUUAAAUAAUUUCGUAUUAGUAGUGUCCAUUAUAAUCAUCAGUGCGGCUUAUAGUCAUCAUUAUGCUCCUUUUUGGUUUUAA